AGCUUUAAAAUUGGAAAGCUCCAAGCAUUGACCUGGUCACAUUAUCUAGGCCAAAAUACGUCAGAUUAGCGGAAAGCAAAAUUGUUAUCCACUACCAGACGAUCUAAAACAAGUAGUUACACAGUGUGGAGUUAACAACCCAUUUAGAUUUCAAUGGAUCUCAUAACGGUGUUGCUGGCAUCCGUUGUUGUGCUGUUCCUUUACUUUUGGUUUCUGCGAGCAGACGGUAACUACCCUCCCCAGCCGUCAAGGCCGCUUCCGGUGGUGGGACAUUUGUUUAGCCUGGAAGAUGACCUUCGACCUCAAUAUAAGAAAUGGCACAAAGAUCUAGGUGAAAUAUUUAGUUUGAAUAUGGCGGGAACUAUCAUGGUAGUCAUCAACGGAUAUGAUCUCAUCAAAGAGAUUUUCGUCAAACGAGCAGACGAGUUUUCAGACAGAGCGCCAUUUUUCUUAGACAAGGCUACAGGUAUGCCUUGCAAAGGAAUCGUAUUCGCCAACGGAAAGACAUGGAAAGAGCAACGAGCCACCGCCCUGAGCAUUCUUCGAAACCUUGGUAUGGGAAAAGACACUUUGGCCCAGAUUAUCCAAGACGAGGUGGGCCAUUUCAUGCAGCUGUUGGCCCAACUUGAGGGGCGGCCCACCAAGAUGAGAAUCAAUAUGAACAUGGGUAUCGCCAAUGUUAUUUGCAGUUUUCUCUUGGGCCGCAGAUUCGAAUACGACGAUCCGACUUUCCAGAAGCUGAUGCAGCUCCUCAGGUAUAUUGUUGGGAACACGAGCAAGGGCGAAAUCGUUUCCGUUUUCCCGAUUCUGAGUCUUUUGCCAGGAGAUCAGUUCCACUCCAAGCGUUUAGCUGCGAGUUCCAAGGCCGUGAUUGAGAUAAUCGUGGAGAAAUUCAUACGCGAAAUUCAAGACGAUACAUCGGAAGAUGUUACGCCGAGUAACUUUGUUACAUUGUACCUCGAGGAGAUGGGGAGAAAGAGGAAGACGGGGGAAGAAACAACCAUGGAUGAAGAGAAUUUGGCCAAAUCGAUUUUUGACUUUCUGGUUGCUGGCACAGAGACAACAAGUACAUCACUGCUCUGGUGCCUGUUGUAUGCCCUUAACUACCCGGAAGUUCAAGAGAAGAUUUUUAAGGAGAUUGAGAACGAAAUAGGACUUGAGCGAGCUCCGACCUCACAGGACAGGACGAAGCUGGUCUACCUUAACGCUUUCCUUGCUGAGGUGUCCCGCCUUGCUAGUGUUGCGGCUCACGCCUUUACUCAUUACUGCCCUCAAGAAACCACAGUCAAAGGCUACAAGGUCCCCAAAGACAGCAUCAUCAUACCCAAUCUGGACUCCGUCAUGUACGACAAAAAAAUCUGGGGCAAUGACGUCAUGAGCUUCAAACCAGAGAGGUUUAUCAACCAAGAGGGAAAACUUCACAUCCCUGAACAGCUCAUACCGUUUGGGAUCGGGAGAAGAAUUUGCUUAGGAGAAGGAAUGGCGCAAACUAUCCGGUUUCUAAUCAUGUCUUCCAUGUUCCAACGGUUUCAGCUUCUACCCAGAGAUGCUGAAGCACCACCUUCAUUAGGAUACGUGUUUGGUGCAGACGUAUCGCCUCAAAGUUUCGAGAUUCGUUUUGUCGACAGAAGAGGAGAAAUCUAGGUCAAGGUCAACUUCUCAGAAGCCGAAUUUCUUGUAAAGUUAAAGCAUCUCUUGAAUGUGUGAAUGAAAAGAAUGUAGCAUAUGUGAAUGAAACGUUUUAACUCUUUCUCUCCGUAAUUAUUUACCACAUUCUGGUGGAAUCAACGCUGGUGUCGUCAGUUAGGAGAGAAAGAGUUAAUCUUGUUUGAAAUCAACUCGAUCUUCUGUUUUAAAGUUUACAUUUUUUAUUGACGAGCUUUUUCUAGCCUUACAGAUUUUCAUCUAUUGCGGGAAAACUAUAAAUAGUAGAUUUCUGGUGUAACCGGUGCGCAAAACAUAAGAAAGGUUGACCAUCUAUAUACUUUCAAAAGGUCUAGGAUACUUUUUGUGAACUUGAAAUCAAAUUUCUAAGCACUUUUGCCCGUAGAACAAACGAAUAAGUUGGUAACAUAGCGUCCUUGACAUUGCCUUGGAAUGAAAAUUCAUCGGGAAAAUCCGCAGUAGUUUAAUAGCACAGACUUGAAUUGUGGAAUAGUUAGAAUGCCACAAUUGGAGAUUUUUACGUCAAACUAUAAUAAUAAUAAGGCAAGUCUUCGAGUCCAAGAUUAGUGAGGAAUGCAGUGUUUCCCGUGGAUGCGCAGUCCCAGCUGUGACCUACAUAUUUUGCCACAUCCAGGUCAAGCAUAACCAUUGUCCGCAGGCGGUCGAAAUUUUCUUUUCGCCGUCUGCGUUUGUCCUCGGCAGCAGAUUUUCUUUUGGUCUCAAAUGUGUAUCCCGCGGCAUUCGUGAGUGACCUCCAGCUGUCUCGUUCUGAGGCCGCAUGCAACCAGGUGCUCUCUUCUAUGUUAGCCAAGGAAAGUUGACGCCUAAGCUGGUCUUUGAAGCGAACUAUAUGAAGAACACUAUUGAAAUUCAACGUUGCCAACUAAAGAAUAUUACGAGAGAACAGAGAGAGAGAGAGAGAGAGAGAGAGAGAUUUAAUUGAUUUCAUACUUCAGAAUUAAAUAGUACUACGUCAUACAGGACAGCAGACGAUAGAUGCAAGCAUGGAUCGAACUCUGGACCUUCGUGGCGACAUUCCGAUUUUCACCUACAGGCAUAAAGUUAAGAAAAUACGAAAAACAUGCAUAUAUGUAACCCUGCCGGACCAAGUAAAACAAAGGACGUUUGGGCCACGAGGCCUUCAUCAGCUACAAAACAAACAAAAAAUAACAAACAAUUAACACAAAAUAGUCUUAAGUGAACUUAUCUGUCCGAUGUUGUUCUCUAUCGAGGCAGAAAAGAAAUGAGCUACGCUGGUGUAAAAGCGCGGGAAAACGGAAGGGGGCGGAGAUGUCAGGCAUAAAGUUAAAUAAUAAUAAUUUUUUUAAAAACUUUAAAAAAAUAGAGAAACAAUUUAUAAAAAACGUAAAGGAAUAAAAAAAAAAAACGAGAACAGCAGAAGAUAUACACCAGCACUGUGUGUGUGUGUGUGUGUGACAGAGAGAGAGAGACGUUUUUCUUACAUCUAUUUAAGUCAUCUACACGUGAGGGCUACAUAGGGGGCCUACUUCUUUCUAAUGACGUGUGACUUGGCCUCUGCAAAGCAGUACCGUACUUAUCUUAUAUAAUACAGACGUUACUUCAAAAAAGAAGAUGAUUACGUCCUACGCGUCAUGGUGGGUGUUUGAUGCCUUGUGACAGAGGUUCUCAAACCUUUUUUUUUUACCCGUGGACCCCUUUAUAGUGUCAAAACGUGCCCACAGACCCCUAAGUAAAAAAAAUCUACCUAAAUGAUAAUAGAUGUAUAGUGUGUAAAUUACUAAUACAUACAUGUUGAUGAAGGAGUGUUUAUUGAAAUUAUUACUUUUGUUAAAAAUACAAUUUAAAAUAAAUUCAUCAAUAGAAUAAACGUGGCGAACUUUUA